UGUUCUCUGCCUCCUCGCCUGGGUGUUUUUCUGAAGGAUUGGGACAUCUGCACAGAAGGCAGAGCGGCGGCGGCUGGAGCUUGCCCUGUUUGGGGCUGAACUUCCUCCAGCGCUAUGGGGGUUUGAGUGCGUGCAGCGCGCCGGGGGAGGCUAGCAGCAAGGACAGAAUCGCACACAGACAGACUUGCUUAAAAUUCAAGCCUAAUGGCCUCUGGCAUAAACAAGAUUCAUCAUCCCAGGACUUGCAGUGGAUCUAAAGCCGCUCGCAGCAGCUCGGCAGAGGAAUGCAAUCAGGAAAUGCACGUGAAAAUGUGCAAGAAGAUUGCCCAGCUCACUAAGGUGAUAUAUGCCCUGAACACUAAGAAUGAUGAACAUGAGGCUAGUAUACAGGCUCUGAGAGAGGCUCAUGAAGAAGAAAUUCAGCACAUUCUUGCUGAGACAAGGGAAACGAUUCUCCAGUGUAAAAGCAAAGUUGAAGAAGAACAGUUGCUGAGAAAACGUAUUCAGGCCCUUGAAAUUGCAGUAGAACAACACAAGAGACUAAAGGAAGAAGCCUUGGCAGAGUUAACAUUGUGCAAGAAGCAGGUGGAAGAGAGAGAGCUGAGAACAGAAGCGAAACAAGCACAGGUGGUCCUUUUGACAGACACAGUGCAUACUGAUGCAGACUUUGAAAACAAGCUCCUACGUUUAAGUCAGGAGUCUGGUGGACUGCUAAGUGAAUGUAAAGCAUCUAGGAGAGCAAAUUUAGAUAAAAAAGUAAUUUUAGAUGAAAAAUGCAGUAUGGAAGGACAAGGUCUAAUAAAUGAGAUGGAAAACCUGAAGAGUGAGAAACAGAGAGUAACUGAAGAAUACACUCAGAAAACAAGCAAACUGCAAGCCUCUUAUGAGAGAGAAAAAGAGGCUUUGAAAAAGGCUAUGCAGCAAUCUAUGACAGAAACAAAGAAGAAUUGUCAGCAAGGAGAAAUGGAGCAAAGGAAGAGCUCGGAGACUGAGAAAUGUUUUUUGCUGCAGCAGGUAAAGAAGCUGGAGGCAGACCUAGAGGAGAAAAGCCAGAAGAUAAAUGAGAGGAAGAAGCAUUCGCAGAAGCUGAAGGAGAGAAUACAGGAGCUCCAGACACAGCUAGAGGAAUUUAGAAGAAAAUCUGAGUGUGAACUAAAACAACUAGAGAAAGAGAAAGAAGUCCUAACUGGGAAACUUCAAAACUCUUCAUUUGAGGUGGCUCAGCUGAAGCAAAUAUUAGACCAACAAGCAAAUAAUUUCAAGGAGUCACUGAAGAAACAUAAUCUACAGUCCAACAAAGAAAAAGAGAAGCUUUUGCAGGAUCUUCAAAACAUCAUUAAAGAAAACCAGAAUGUUAAACUGCAGCUGGAGGCAUCACAUCAAAAAGUCUUAAAAACAUUGGAGAAAAGCAAAAAUCAGGAACUCAAGGAGGCAGAAGAACGUUUGAAAAAGGAAUUUAAUGAGACUUUCAAGAUCCAACAUCAGUCUCAUAGGCUGGAAAUACAAACCUUGGAAGAGAAAGCAAAGAAAGAAUUACAUGAUGAACUUGACCAGAUACAGAAGCAGCAAACCCUGUUGCUAGGAUCUCUAAGGAUGGAACUCUCUGAGCAACAGACAUUGUGCACUAAUCUCAAGAAACAAACAGAAGAACUCCAAAUGGAGCUGAGGAGUGUGAAGACACUGAAGAAGCAACAGGAAGGAAGUAGCCAGAGCCAGAUCAGAUCUCUUCAUGAUGAACUGGAAAAAUGUCAGAGUGAAAUUUCCGAACUCAAGAAAGAGAAUUUACUUUUGAAGGACACAAUGGAGCUACUCACUGCUGAGUUGGAAUCACAGAAGCAAGAAGCUACACAGCUUCAGGAUAGGGAGAAACAGCACAGAAGACUUGAAGAAUUAGAAGAAAAGUCAAGAAAGUGGGAGUCCAGAUCAGAAGAUACACACCUUAUAAGCUGUCUGCAAGACAAAUUAAGUGAGAGAGAAGACAUUAGCAAGCAGCUGACAGAAGGAAGAAAAUUUCAGCAUUCACUUUUAGCCAACACUGAAUCUCAUAGGAAUCGAUCAUUUUCUUUCAACCGUAAUACAGGAUGCUUGACUCUUUCCAUGAAGCAGCAGAAGAAAGCAGUUGAGGUGCCCAGUCGUGUUGUCAGUGUUCCGAAUUUAGCUUCCUACGCAAAGAGCUUUUUGAGCUGUGACUUGAGAUCAAAAAGAAGUGCUCCUCAAAUAACAAAAUCUACAAGCUUAGACCGGAGUCCUGGCUGCCUCAGGGUGGGCUCUCCAUCAGCACAGUCCUCAGACAGCAGUGCUGCCACAAGGACACAUGGCAAUGAACCACAACAAACCAAAGAUGACCAAAAACGAGACCCUCGGCAUCAAGAAUGGUUUACUAAGUAUUUUUCAUUUUAAAGAGAAGUAUUUCCAUUCUUCUCAGAAUUACUAGAAAAGCUGUUCCCAUUUUCUUUUAGGGAAUGACAAUCUAAUAUAUGAUUUAGGAAAAAAAAGGAUGUAAUUUCCAAGUAAAUAAUUAGGAACAAGUGUACUCUCUUACAUCUAAUUACUGUGGAGUUACAGGCAUGGAUUUCAGAAAAAUGCAUUUUUUUUUAACAACCGCUAUAAAAAAUGAAGAAAAAGCAAAAUUCUGUGUACUGUUACG